AUAAUUAGACACGGGAAGAAUGGUAGGCGCUAAGUCUCUGCGACCAACGAUUCUCUCUUCUUUUGUUGGAGACCGCUUCCUUCGUUCAACGCCGCCUCUUCACCAAAUCUUCCGCUACAACCCAGGGAGCUUUUUGUGAACCCACGGCCGGAAAAAGUGCCAUUUGAGUUAGAAGCCAGCGGCAAGUGGUAACAGUAUUCUGUAUUAAUGAUCUAACUAGAUCAAAAAAUUUUCAAGGAGUUUAUUUUCAGGAAGCAAGCAUGUGACGUUGCAGUUAUCCAGAACGCUUUCUGGCUUAACCAACCUUUUAUUCAAUAGAAGGGCUCCACUUUAAGUGGGAAUGACACUGCGUAAUGUGUAAGAAUAACAAGAGAAGCAAAGGAAAACGAGUGAAAACAGAGGAUGAGGAAGAAUGCUUACUGCAUUUCAUAAAAGUAAAUCUAGAGGAAUUGUCAAAUAACAAGCGUAAAAGUCUAAAGCCUGGGAAAGUGUCUCCUCGUCGACCUGUUCCAGGUCAUAUACUGAGGCCUCCUUAUGUGAAAUCUAAGCAACCACCCGGAAUUGCAAGUGGACCUGAAGUGCAUGAUGAGAAGGGGAUCGAAUUCAUGAGAGCUUCUGGAAGGCUUGCAGCACAGGUUCUUGAAUAUGCUGGGACUUUAGUCAAGCCAGGCAUAACGACAGAUGAAAUUGACCAAGCCGUUCACCAAAUGAUAAUUGAUAAUGGUGCUUAUCCCUCACCUCUUGGCUAUGGUGGGUUUCCAAAGAGUGUAUGCACGUCAGUGAAUGAAUGCAUUUGCCAUGGAAUACCAGAUUCCCGUGCUCUCGAGGAUGGUGAUAUUAUCAAUAUUGAUGUUACGGUUUAUCUAAACGGGUAUCAUGGGGAUACAUCAGCAACAUUUUUCUGUGGAGACGUUGAUGAAGAGGCCAGGCAGCUAGUUCAGGUGACUAAAGAAUGUCUAUAUAAAGCAAUAUCGGUAUGUGCACCAGGAGUUGAUUUCAAGAAAAUUGGAAAGACAAUUCAUGACCAUGCAGAUAAAUAUCGUUAUGGCGUUGUUCGACAGUUUGUUGGCCAUGGGGUUGGGCGUGUAUUUCAUGCUGAUCCAGUUAUUCUACACUUCAGGAACAAUGAUGCUGGACGCAUGAUGUUGAAUCAAACCUUCACAAUUGAACCAAUGCUUACAAUAGGUAGCAGUAAUCCUUUGAUGUGGGAUGAUGACUGGACAAUCGUUACAGAAGAUGGGAGCCUGUCAGCACAAUUUGAACACACGAUUCUAAUAACCGAAGAUGGAGCUGAGAUCUUGACAAAGUGUUAAAAUUAUUGUUUGUAACUUUCCUUCCUUCAAAAUUUUAUUCAUUUAAACAACUCUAGAUUUAUGUUGUCGGGCUUCUGGUUCAUUUGCUACAUUUCUUCCAGCCUCUCUUAUAAUUAUGGGCAUACAGACAAGAAUUUGGUUUAAUUUCUUGCUGCAUAUCAUCAAUAUUUGGUCUUUAGAAGAAAA